AUGGAACUAACUGCUGGUCAAGACUACUAUCUUCUCAAGGUGAAAAAAACUAGUGUCCCUGGCUGUACGGUAACUCAAAAGGCUUUAGAUCUUCCGAAGAGAGGGGACGCGAAAAACGAAACAUCAUCCUUUGAUGAUGGAUCUGCUGUGUUGGUAACAGACUCUGAACUUGACGGAUAUGAUGCUAGCUGUGACUCGGGUUUAGUGGGUAAUGAUAUGUUGGCAGAGCAUGGCCUGGCUUGUAAGGUUCAGUUUGCUAGCCGGGCAGCUAUUUCCAGACUUUCAUGCUUGUGGCUUGGGUGCCACCCUGACCAGAAAUCUUCAAUGAAGAAACCAGGAAGCUCCAUCGGGGGUAAUCAGUUGAGUAGCAUAGCUGCAGACAUCCAGGUUUAUUGA